AUGGUAGCAUUUUUAUUCAUUGGUAUCAAGGCAACACCAGAGGAAGCAAAGCUACGUGUGGUUAGCAAAGUGCAUUCAAAUCCGGAUGUCUUUGUCACAAGUAAGGAGAAGAGAGCGAAGCGACAUGGACAUUGUGUUGAUUCUGGUUCAGUGGAAGAUAAACCAGUAUGUGCAUCGAAUGGUAAAAAGUAUUUGAACGAAGAUGUGUUUGAAUUUCACAAGUGUUUGAUUCAAGCUCAAUUUGGGGAGAAUAUUGAGAUUGUCAAGAUGGAAAUCUGCACAUCAGCUCAAAAAGAAGAUAACGAACAUCCAGACGUUCCUGACCGCGAUUAUACGUAA